AUGAGACCUUUGAAAAUCGUCGCUGUUGGCGACGGAAUGAUCGGAAAAACGUGUCUUUUGAUGACUUACAUCCAAGAUGCCUUCCCCGAAAAAUACGAUCCGACAGUUUUUGAUAAUUAUUUCACAACCAUGACAGUCGACGGCAAAGAAUACAAUUUAACACUUUGGGACACCGCUGGUCAAGAAGAUUACGAAAAAUUACGCCCUUUAUCGUAUCCAAAUACGGAUUGCUUCCUGAUCUGCUACUCAAUCGCGAGUAAGGCGUCUUUUGAGAACGUUUUAUCCAAAUGGUAUCCGGAAGUCAGUCAUUAUUCACCCCAUACGCCCAUCAUAUUGGUUGGCACGAAGAUGGAUUUACGAGUUGCGAACUCGGAAAAGUUCGUGACGACGGCGGAAGCGAACAAAAUGAAGUCUAAAAUUAAAGCUGUGUCGCUCGUGGAGUGCUCGGCAAUGAAAAAAGUCAACAUUGAAGACGUUUUUCACGAAGCGGUGCGGGGAAUUGAACGACGUCAAGUUGGAAAGACCUUUUUGUGUAAUUGUUUCUGA